UAGACGCGUCUGCAGAAAUAUGCACUGUUCUUUGCUCUUUUUCAAAGAACUGUAAAAAUGAAAUUGCAAACUAAAACCCUUCAAGACAAGAGAACAUGUCGAAUUUUCUUUUCGUCACCAUUCGGUGGUAUGGAGGACGAAAGGGAAGAACUGACAAGGCGUUACUUCCCAAAAAUACACCACCUGUGUAGCUUGCAUGGUAUUCAGUUUGUAGCAGUUGAUAUGAGAUGGGGAAUUACAUCAGAAGCAUCUAGUAGUGCUCAAGUUAUAAACAUAUGUCUAAGAGAAUUAGACAGAUCAGACAUAUUUGUUGGGUUCUUUGGACAGAGGUAUGGUUGGUUUGGUGCUGAAAGCAAAGCUUUACAAGAAAACUUUGACAAUGCUGUACAACAUUAUCCAUGGUUAGAUAAAUUCAGAGAUAAAAGUGUUACAGAAUUGGAAUUUCUACAUGGUCAUUUGAAUAACCCUGGUGGUAUGCCUUCAGUCAUAUGUUUUAGAGAUAAGGCUUAUGAUGACAUAAAAAGAAAAGAAGGUUCAGACAUUGGAGAUAAGAAGCAAGAGUUUAAAUAUUCAGCAGAGAGUGAAUUAUCUACACAAUCAAUGGAUGAUUUAAAGAAAAGGGUCCAAGAAACAAAAGAGAAGACACUUGGUGUUUAUAUGAAUUACAAGACACCAGCUGAGGGUGCAGAACUCAUGUUCAAUGACAUAUGGAAAUAUUUGACAGAAGUCCUUUUGAAAGAUGCUGAGGUAGAGUCUAAAUCAAGCAGAAUAAAUUCUGAACAUGAUGCUUUCCUGUCAAGCAGAAGUUUACUUUAUGUAGGGAAUGAAAACUAUAUAAAGAAGCUUACAGCUAAUAUUAAUUUAGAAAACCCAGUAUGUUAUGCUAUAACAGGACCUGCAGGUAGUGGGAAGUCCUCACUAUUGUCCUCUUGGUUGAAGAAGAUAAAGUCUGAUGCUACCUACUCAGAUGUGUGUGUGGUUUAUCAUUUUGUUGGUGCUGCAGAGGAGAGUACAGAUAUUAAAAGUAUGCUGAGUAGGUUAAUACAAGAAUUGAAUGAUAAGGCAGGACACAAGAUGGAGAAAGAACCAGAACAGAUGGUGGAACUUGUAAAUGAGUUGGUGGUUUGUUUAGAGAGAGUCAUAAGCAUUGGGAAAACACCAGUUCUGGUUAUUGAUGGAGUUGAAAAAAUCAAAAAGUCCACCAAAGUGGAGAAGCCAUUGUACUGGUUGCCAAAAAAUCUUCCUGAAGGAGUAAGAAUGGUUAUCAGUACAAAAUCAUCAGACCAUGAAAACAUCAAAGAACUUGUUGAGGAAAGGAAAUUUCAACAGAUUGAAAUUUUACCCCUGACUGAAUCUGAACAGAAAGAACUAAGUGAAAAAAGUCUGAUGCAGAGUGGUAAACAACUGUCACCACCUCAGAUGGAGAGGAUAGUAGCUGCUGAGGAAACAAAGAACCCUCUUUACCUCAAAACUACACUUAAUGAAUUGGUUGUAUUUGGUUAUUUUAGACUGUUGGACAAGAAAAUUGAUUCCUUGAUAUCAUGUCCAAGUGUCGUUGACUUAUUUGACAAAGUUUUAGAAAGACUAGAAGAUGAUUAUAAUGUGAAAGAAUACACACAAAAUUUAGUGGAACAGGCAUUAUGCUCUAUUUGUUUGUCAAUCGGAGGAUUGUCAGAGACAGAUAUAAAGGCAAUCUACAACAUACCAGCCCAUAUUUGGUCAUCACUAUACUUUGCUUUACGAACAUACAUUAUAGAACAGAAUGGAAUAAUAAGGUUUGCAUUCACUGAGUUAGAAGAAGCAGUUUCAAAACGAUAUCUAAAGACAAGCAAGGACAGGGAAAGAUGCCUUUUGGAUCUAAUACGAUACUUUGAAAGUGAAAAAGAGAAACUACCUCCUACCUUUGAUCAUGAUAAAUUUCUAGAGAGCAAACUGGCCCAUGAGCUACCAUGGCUGUACUUGAAGUUAAAGGACAUUGAUGGCUUACAGAGGUCACUUUUAGAUCUUAAGAUAUUCAAUGUAUUAUUCAAAGACUGUAUGUCAGACAUGAUAGAACUUUGGGAUAAAACAGAAAAUAAAUGGUCACUAAUUAGUGAAAUGUACAUGAAACAGAUUGAUAUGCUAUUGGUGGAUUUUUAUCUGUGGAUUGAAGAUAACAUGGAGCCAAAUGCAGAGACGCCUGGCAUCAUGGUAAUGAAUACGGGAGUUCUGGAUAAUUUAGCCAGUAUGAUAAAGAACAGAUCAGAAGAAGCAGCCUUGAAAUUUACUGAAAGAAAUGCAAAGAUUACUAUUCACAGCAUAGAGACUUAUCCGCAUAGGUUCAAAAAACAUGACAAAGAUAUAAUUAUGAAUAGUUUGGCAAACCAGUAUGCUGAUGCAGGCAAGUUCAAAGAAGCUGUUGAAUUGCAUCUGAAAGUCUUAGAAGUUAGAAAAAAGAAAUAUGAAGAUGAUCCAUCUGAAGAAAAUAUUGAUAACUUAGAAAGAUCAUACCAUGGAUUAGGGACUGCACAUCUAAAGAUGCAUAAAUAUGAACAGGCUGACGAAUAUUUGAAAAAGUGUAAGGAUAUAAUGGAUGAAAAUCCUGGACCCUUUACUAAAAAUGACAGGGCAGUCUUGUUGAUGAAUCUUGGUGUCCUUUGUCUAGAAUCGAACAAAUAUGAAGAUGCUUUGGACUACAACCUUCAAUGUUUAAAGCUAUACGAGGAAAUAUAUUUUGGGCAUUUACCUGAAGCUGUAGGCCAACAUCUGACAAACCUUGGACUGUGUUAUCGUAAGCUUAACAAUUUGGAUGAAGCUGAGAAGAUGUAUAAAAAGUCAAUAGAGGUGAAGGUCAAUGCUAUAGGUUACUACACACUUGAUGUUGCUAUGACAUUCAUGAACUUGGGAGUUUUAGAAACUGUGAGGGAAAAUCCAGCAGGAUCUUACGAGUAUUGUAAGACAGCGCUUGAAAUUUAUGAGAAUAUUGGACUUCCUGAGUCAGGUAUGGAAUAUAUGAUGUGCAGAGAGAACAUGGUUCUUGCAUUGAAUACCUUAGAUCGGAUGGAGGAGGCUCUAACAACAUACAGGCCAUUUUUUAAGAUAGCGGUUGACCAUGAGCUGUUGUAUGUUACAUUUCCACGUACACAUAACUUUAUGGCCGAGUACUUAAUAAAGAAAGAAUUGUAUGAUGAAGCUGAGGACAUCCUUUUGAAAAUGAUGAAUACAGAAAAACAAGAUGCUAAAUAUUUCAUUAACUUACACAAAAUUGAUGUUGCUAGAGGUAAAAGCCAGGCAACAGAAAGGGAACAUAGAUAUACAAUGGAAUAUGGAUUGGAGUUGUUUCCACACGAUUUUUUUAUCCUUGAAUACUUGAUAAGAGAUGUAUAUAUACCACAAAAUGAAAUUGACAAGUGUGUAGCACUUUUGGAGUCCAACACAAGCCAUUUCAAUGUUUUAGGACUGUACGACACUGCUAAUCAGUGGUUUAAUGUUUGUGGAAAAGGAACAAUUGCGAUGCUAAUUCAGAUUAAUUUAUCAGCAUUGAAAUAUAUGCCUGAAAACGCUCCUUUUCAUAAAAAUGUGGCUGUUCAUUACCAAAUAGUGAAGGACAAUGAGAAAGCUCUACCACAUUUUAUCAAGAUACUGGAGCUAGAGCCUGAUGAUCCACAAAACAUGUUCUGGAUAGCAAAGUGUAGCUGUCUGUUGGGAGACUUUGAAUUAUCAAAGAAACAUUGUGAAAUGAUAAAAGAGAAGUUUCCUGAUGAUUCAGUCUUAAUACCUCAGGUGAACAUGAUAUUAGAUGCCAUAAACCAAGCAGAAAAUGGAUCAGUAGAUACAGAUGAAAAUCAUCAAGAGGAAGACAAAAAUGGUACAGAGGAGGACAAAAAUGAAACAGAAGAAACUCUUAGAGAGGAAGACAAAAAAAAUCAGCCUGAUCCUAAAGAGAAAGACAAAAAUGAUCAGCCUGAAUUAAAGUAGAAGUCCUCUGCUAUGUAGGUUUUGUUUAGAUGAUCAAGUAGAAUUUUUUUUAUUAUAAUACGAAUUCAAUCAUACAAAUUUGAAGUCCUAUAACAUUUUAAAAACAGUUUAAAGCACUUAUUUACUUAGUUCAUGGUCAAUGGGUUAUUUGGCAGUACAUUUGUUGUGUUGUUUGUAGCAAGUGCUGAAUAGAGAAUGACCUGAUCCUAUGAAUUCUACCAUAGAAGAAAAUUUAUAUAAUAUUAACUGAAUGCAAACCAAAUUCCAUAGAGACCAAAGACUCUCAGCUCGAAAUUGAUCUGUAUGUGUGCCAUAAUUAUCUCAUUUUCCUACAUUCUAGUUUGAUUUUUACAUACCGGUAAAGGGUAUUCAUUAGCCCAUUUCUAUGGUAUAAAUCUAUAUUUGAAUAGCCUUAUACUUGCAGAUUUCAGUUGUCUCAGAUGUAAGCAUAUUCCCAAUAUAUUAUAAAUAUUAAUGAUUGUUAAUGUGAUUUUUGUCUUGUCUGUGAAGAAAGUCUAAAAAAGCAAGACUGU